UUCUGUCAAGGGAAAGCGAGAAACCAAUGGAGGAGUCUUUUCAUGGUGGCGUAGGCGGGUCCCAUUGGAAACUGUUCCAAAGUCUUUUUGCCUUCCUACAAAUAACCCCACAUUCCCUUCCAUUGCCAUCAAAGCCACAGCCAUUUUCGUUCUCAAAGCAUCAUCUUCAUCGUCACUCACUAAUCUUAAUUUUCCUCUCCUUACAUCAAGCAAAGCACCUCCCCCAGUGGUCUCUUUGCAGACCUCUGUUGGAUGCUGUUGCUUUUCUCUUGUUAAAGACUUUUCUCUCAUUGUUUGUUUUUCACUCUAUGCAGAUAAAAUUUAUAGUACAAUCUGCCUGGUACUUGGAGAUGUCUGCUCCACUUAGCAAGAGCCUCCACUUAUCUUCAGCUUUGAACAUCACUGAAGAGGCCAUGAUCACCAAGAAGAAAGGGAUAGUUUCCAUUCUUGGAUCAGAUACUGAGAGACCAGCCAAAGCUGCUUCACUUAGAAGGACUUUAUCAGCCGAUAUGUCCUCCAAGAAAUGGCUCAAUCAGCAUGGAUUCUCUCCCCUGAAAAAGAUUGCAUCAUCCGAGGAAUUCCCUGUUUCCACCAUAGACUCAUCGUCGGAAGAAGGAGAAGAGGAUUAUGAAGAAAGGAAGGAGACCGAAGCCCGAGGUCAAUUCCAUAUCUGGACUUCGAUUCAAGAACAAAACAACAAAAAGGAACUUGAAAAGCCUGGCCAGUUCGAUAUAUGGAGCUCAAUCAUAUCACAAAAGGCUGAUCAGGAAAAGCCACUUCCCCCUCCUUAUAUUCACCCUCUUGUCAAAAGAUCAGCUAGUUCUUUAAGCGAGAAAAGCCUUGAAAUUUGCACUGAGAGCCUUGGUUCAGAGAGUGGAUCUGAUGGGUUCUCUUCAUACCCUCCAUCGGAAACUGGUGACAUGGAGGAAGAUAAAGAGGAAGAUCAAGAACUCCAACAGCAAAAGCAAGUAAGAGCACUGCCACAGCUGACUUUUUUUUAUGGUGAGGAACCAAGAAUUGUGAAAUAUACCUACGAUGUUGGCAAGAAAUCGCCACACCGAUCAUUUCCUCCACCAAUUCCUUCCCUGUCUCGCGAAGAUGGAGCAUCUGUUCGCAUGAAGACUCAUCGCGAUAAUGGUAGAUUGGUUCUUGAAGCUGUUUCCGUGCCUUCACAGAACUACUUUCUUGCUCAACGCCAAAAUGGUCGCCUUGUCCUCACUUUUGCCAACACCACUCCUGGUAAAGCAAAGUCCGACGUCAAUGAAGUAAUGACUGUUGAAGAAGAAGUAAAGGAAGUAGAAGAGUUGGAAGAAGAGUUUGAAAGCUUUGAAGAAGAAGAAGAAGAAGAAGAAGAAGAAGAAGAGAGAGUAAGUGAAAUAGAUAUUAAUGAAGAGAAGGAAAGUGAGAAUGAAAUUGAGGGAGUAGAAGAUAGGUAUUAUGAGAUUGAGCAGGCUCCUAAACAUUCAAUUGGAGCAAUGAAUGUGCAUCGAUUAGCUGUAAUGAUGAACAAGCCCAUAUGGUUAGCAAAUAGGAACUCAAUAUGGUCUAAAAAUUUUGAUGAAAUGGUUAAACUUGGAGAGGAAAGGGAAGAAAAGGUUGAGCCAACCACCCCACCGCCACCACUAGCACAAUCACUGCCACCGAUACCACGGCUGGCCAAGCUGAUUCCAUCAGCAGCAUCGACGGCGGCACCAGCAGCAGCUGCAUCAUUCAAUGCUUAUGAGUAUUACUGGAGGAGGCCCAAUCAGCCCAUGUCAAAGGCAGCCGCAGUUCUUAACCCACUUGCUCAACAGUCAACAGUACCACUCAAGGACAAUGGCAACAAGCAGCUUAUUCUCUCCAAGAAUCUAAUGGCUAACGAUCAACAACAACUGCUAGUGUUGAGAGGGAACAAAGGAGAUUACUUUGUUCCUGUUUUAGAAGGCUGCAAAGAACCUAGGAGGUCUCUCCUCUUCUGGGAGCCAUAUUGCAUUGCCACUUCCUGAUUGAUCAAACACCCCCCUUCCAACACCCAACACAUCAAAAUCCAUGUCCUGAUCCAAAAUUCUACCUAUAAUUGUUGUUAUUACUUACUACUACCCUGUCUUUUCUUUUCUUUUUUUUUUCUCUCCUGUCUAGUUUUUCCACUUCCACUCCUUGAGGGUGAUUGUGUAGUCAAAUUCUAAUAAAAAGAUCUAGAAAAGGGAGAGAAUACUUUUGGAAUUUUUAGAAGAUGAAAAAUGAGAGACAAAAGCAGACUUAACAAUGUUAUAGUAUAUAUUUUUUACAUAAAUAUUAGCAGUAAAUUUGUAUGAUUCUCUCAUUCUCUGCCUAUUUGUAGCUGAAACAAAAUC